AUGCUGAGCUCAUCUUCUCAGUCCCAGAACAUGCCUCAAUCUUCCAUGUCAACCUGCACCGAUUCUCAGCAAUACUAUUUCAUCGAUAACUUCUGCGCAAACGGUUGGCUAAACCAAAAGGCUCAAGUCAUGUACCCCCAAGAUGAUCAUCAUCAAAUAAAAGAAGUCACAGGCCAAACUGUCAAUGUCGAUUCCUCCAUUUUCACAGCCUUCAUGGACUCACAAAUCCAUCAAAACCCAGUUCCGAAGCUCGAAGACAUCCUCGGUGGUGACUCAACAGACACCCAGGACUCGUCUCUGACUCACAUCUAUUUCAACGACGAACAAGAUCUGAAAACCAUUGCGGGGUUUCAAGCCCUUUCGACCAACUCGGGUUCGGAUGUCGAUGACUCGGCGUCUGUGGGUAGGACUCCGAUUACUUGUGGCGAGUUUGUGGGCCAGUCUAUUGAGUCAGGGAACGAAUUGGCUUUUUCACAGUGUCCUACGAAUGCUUUGUCCUUAGGGGUUAAUACCCAGAGUUCCCAGAAUGCUGUUGUUUCGAUUGAUUCUAAGAAAAUCACCGAUACAUUUGGUGGCUAUGACAAAGAAGAAAAGGCAGCAAGGGCUUACGAUUUGGCAGCUCUAAAAUACUGGGGUCCCACUGCCACAACCAACUUCCCUGUUUCAAACUAUACCACGGAGCUGGAGGAGAUGAAGCAUGCGACUAAGCAAGAAUUCAUUGCCUCACUAAGAAGGAAAAGCAGUGGUUUCUCUAGGGGAGCGUCCAUCUACAGAGGUGUGACGAGGCAUCAUCAACAUGGUAGAUGGCAAGCAAGGAUUGGUCGUGUUGCCGGAAAUAAAGAUCUGUAUCUCGGAACUUUUGCCAUGGAGGAGGAAGCAGCAGAGGCGUAUGACAUAGCAGCAAUAAAGUUUAGGGGAGUGAAUGCAGUGACCAAUUUCGAGAUGAGCCGAUAUGAUGUCGAAGCCAUUGUCAAGAGUACUCUUCCCAUUGGUGGUGCAGCAAAGCGCCUAAAACUCUCACUUGAGGCAGAGCAGAAACCGAUUUUUAGCAAUAACUCCCAACCCCAGUACAGCAGCAGCAUCAAUUUCGCCGCCAUCCCCUGUGGAGUGCCAUUUGAUGCUACGGCGCCUCUUUAUAAUCGGGACGUAUUCCACCACCUCCCCUUUAAUAAUGCAGGCGCUUCUGGUACGUCGUCGGGAUCUGUCUCUUCCAUGGUAGCCCCAAUGACUUUAUCACCGGCUGAGUACUUCAUUUGGCCUCACCAAUCCUAUUAGCAUUGACCCGCUAGUUUGUGACCAAUACCUUUCAGCUAAAUGUUAAACCAGCAGCAGCCCAUGUUUGUAGUAUUUGAUUCAAGCUGACCCUUUUAACUGACCUACUAAGCGUUAGUGUAGCUUUUUAAUCUUAAGCAGGGCUGAGAUGUAAUGCUGUUUGUCUAAAGGCUGAAGUUUUAGUUCCUUGGGAAACAUAAUUUUUUUUUUUUCAAUGGUCAGAAAUAUUCGGAACAA